CAAGAAAUCGAUAAUAGACUUGACUCAUCGCUACCGCCAAGCACAUUUUUCUGUGCUGUAUCUACUUAAAACCGCUACCAAAUUGAAUCGUGAAAUGUACGAGUUGAAGACUUUGUUGCCACAAUUUGAUAUUAAACUGCCAACCUGUAUGUACGAAUUAAGGAAUGUCAGCCUCUCCGCCGGCGCUACACCAGGCCCCGCAGCCCAUCAAAUUCAAUGCAGUGGCGCUGCGGAGGUUGAGAGCAACAUUACAAAAUCUGGCACCUGUGCACUUGAUUUGGACAUUUUAGGCAGACAAAUACAACAUUUGCUAAAGAACCAAGACACAACAGCUGUAUUGGAGCGACAAGAAAAGGUGCUGAAACAACUCGAGGAGCUCAAAGCGCAGUUGGGACAAAUACGCUCCAGUUUGGGUGUGCGUGUGUGCGGCAAGACCAUCCAGCAUACAACAGCUUACCAGAAUGGUGGACUAAAAGAAGUGCCACUGCAGGAUGUUGUCGUCAAUGGACAUCCCAACUUUAUACCAUAUGCAUUGUUGGCGUUGAAGAACGCUUGGCGCGAUCUGUACACUAUUGAUGUGAAAACCUUUACACACUCAACAAUGGCGGAUAUUGGGCCAGCAGCGCGAGAAUUUGAGGCUAAUCUGGCGAAGGUGUCUGUGAAUUCAGCGCUACCCAAGAUCAACGUGACUCUUAUAUGGAAGAACUGCGAACACACCGAAAUGAUUAGCUCACCCACAAUGUAUGUGCCCAUUUAUGGCGAGGUGAAUAUCAUAAGGUAUUUGGGGCGAGUGGGCCCCACAGAAUAUCGCUAUGAAAACUCGCCGCUCUGCAAUGAAAUCGAUGCUGUGCUGGACAUCUGCUAUCAACUGUUGCGGUGCACCACACACAAAAGCCAGGUGGCAAUGGUGCGGCUGCUGGACAAGCGGCUACAGCAACAGCAAUACUUUGGCGGUGAUCAAAUGUCCGUGGCGGACAUUGGUGUCUACAGCUCCCUUAUACGCAUGCCUGCCAUUACGGACAAGGACCUUACCCCGUCGCUUCUGGCAUGGCGUAAGCGCGCCAAAAUCAUAACCCAAAUUUAAAAUAUUUCUAAAGUUGAGCAAAUAAACCGUUAGUAAAAUAA